AAUCAAUAUGGCCCGAAUGAACCGCCCAGCUCCUGUGGAAAUCACCUACAAGAACAUGAGAUUCCUGAUCACACAUAAUCCAACCAAUGCAACCUUAAACAAAUUUAUAGAGGAACUUAAGAAAUACGGUGUUACCACAGUGGUGAGAGUGUGUGAAGCUACUUAUGACACUGCUCCGGUGGAAAAAGAAGGCAUUCAGGUUUUGGACUGGCCCUUUGAUGACGGUGCUCCACCAUCCAACCAGAUUGUUGAUGAUUGGCUAAACCUCCUCAAAGUUAAAUUUCGUGAAGAACCUGGUUGUUGUAUUGCUGUACACUGUGUUGCUGGUCUUGGAAGAGCUCCAGUCUUAGUUGCUCUUGCACUGAUAGAAUGUGGAAUGAAGUAUGAAGAUGCAGUGCAGUUCAUAAGACAGAAGCGGCGUGGAGCUUUCAACAGCAAGCAACUUCUGUACUUGGAGAAAUACCGCCCCAAGAUGCGCCUGCGCUUUAAGGACUCCAACGGUCACCGAAAUAAUUGUUGUAUUCAGUAAAGCUCAACAGCCUAUAGUACUUCUUUGGAAAUAAAGGAUGGAAACUAGAAUUAAGCAGACUGCAUGCCAAACACAUCAGUCUGGUAUUUUUUAGUAGUAAAGGAAGCUUCCUUAGGAGUAUUUAUUAGGCUAAAGGCUCAGUAGAAAUGCAACUUCUAUGUUUAGAUAAAUAUCUGUCUAUGGAGACCCAGUAAAUGUUUUUGCUGUACCCUGUUUCUGAGCUGUCUCCUUGUUCAUUAAUUAUCAGAUCAAAUAUCCUUUAAUCAUGCCAUUGAGUCUUACUGACCUAGUUUCAACUACUAUAAAUUGGGGUACUAAAAUAAAUCAAUCUGUAGAGAGAUUAGGUGCCAAAAUACCCAGCAUAUCAGCUACAUUUUUCCUUAAAAUGGGCAUAGUUCUGAUGAUGUGAGAACUACCAGCUUAUCUGGACCUUACUAUCUUUUUUUCUACAGUCAUUUCAAUAUUGAAGAAUAUGGCCUCUAAAGUAGUCUUGCCUGCUCACGGUAUGUUUUGUCUCCCACAAUCGCACUAGAAUUAUCAAGAUUUGCACAGUCUGUCUUUUUAAUACUAUGAAUUACAGCAACUUUUUACCCCUGCAUCUGUACUUUUCUGUUACCUGAACCUCUCCAUAUUACAAGUCAUUACUCUGGUUAUUCAUGUAGAAGAUCUUUUAAAUUGUACAGAAGCACACAAGUCUUUAAUGUCUCCAGACAAAAAGCCUUACAGUAAAAUUAAUGUUGGCACUUCAUGUGCAACUUAACAGAGGGCCUGAAAAGGUUGGGAGGGGCUAUUUAAUAUUUCUAGUAAAAUGUUGCCUUUGUCUUGUGCAGGAAGUAUAGAAUAUGCCCUUUACUUUAGUAAAUAUUUUUUUAAAACGUAGAAAUGCUUUGUUAUUGUAGCUAAAAAUUCUUAAUCAGAAAAUUUCUGAAAAAUCUUGUAGUUUUCUUUUACUGUACCUAUUGAGAGUUGUUUACCAACUAUUGUUUUGUUGAAAGUGUGAUCUUUUUCUUUUCUUUUCAUUUUUCCUUCUUGAGUUUCUGCUAUGACUUGGGCAGACCUCUGUAAUAUUUUGUAUGCCUUUCAAGCUGCGUAACUUAAUAUUUGGAUACUUGAUAAUUUGUUUUAUUAUGUAAUUGAUAAAAUGGUGAUGUGUAUUAAUGUUAGUUCAACCAUAUAUUUAUACUGUCUUGGGAAUGUGUGGUUAUAGUUCUGUGGGAGAAAUACUUUUGCCAGUGUUCACCAGCUUGUAAAAUCUAGUGCGAGAGCUUAAAACAUCUAAAUAAAGACUGAAAUGCACUUACAAA